AUGGGAGUUACGACUGAAUUUGAAACGUUGGAGCAACAAUUUUUGGAACUAAUUGGCGAAUUUCGGACUUUAACCAUUUCGGAAAGUCGUCUACGGGAAUUAGUACGCACGGAGUCUACACGCGCCGAAGCUGCGGAGGCGGCGCGGGCGGCGGCUGAGCGGGCGGCGGCGGAGGCCCGCAACGGAGCCGCCGCCGCCACCGCCGCCGUCACCAAGGCCACCAGUGCACUAGCCAGCUCUCAAGAACAUGUUACAGGACUUAAAAUGCACUUGGAUUUAACGGAGAGGCAGCGAAAGCUUUUAGAAGACCGUUGUGGCGAAAUGACAGCACAGAUUGGUUCGCUAGAGAGACAGGUUCAACAACUGAAACCUUUGCAAUCAGCGCAUACGGCUCUUCAACGACAGUACACUGAACUACAGGAACGCAUCUCCAAAGCAACGGAAGAAGCACGAAGGGAAUCAACUCGUCUUGAAAGUGAACUACGAAGAGUAGAGAAAUGCGCUGCAGCUGGUUCAGAAAUACGAGAACGUGCACGUUUGGCCGCUGCAGCACAUGCACGAGAGAGGCGUCUAACUGCUGCAGAGUUACAACAUACUAACAAAGAACUAGUUGCUGCUAAUACGGAAAUUAGUAAACUAAAAGCAACUAUCGCCGAAAUGCAAAUACAAUUGGCUGAAAUUAGCGAUAAUCCGUCCAAGAAAACUAUUGAUCCUGAUUCUGAAGCGUUAGUUGAGACACGAGCAGCUCUGGACGCGGAAAGAGCUGGUGCAGCUAAACUUGAAAAGGCUUUGGCAGCCGCUUUAGCUGACAAUGCGGCUUUAGCUGCACGUAUCAACAAUAUGGACAACACUGACGAAGCAAACAAGACAUCCACACCACCAGAAUCUGCUACAACUAACAUUUGUCCCAUAGAUUCAUUCUUAGCAGAAUAA